GGAGCUAAAUCCGCAUUGCACGGACCCCAGUGUACAGCACCGCUUCAGUAAACGCCCGCAUCCGUGCACACUCGUGCCGAGAUUGAGAUAUUUGGCUUGACGCGCGGCGUUUUGCAGCACUGAUCAGGCAGAGAGAGGCUCUCCCUAAAAGCCGCAGCCGAAACGCCGCCGAGCCGGCAUAUAGAACGCCACACACCGCGCAGGCACGCCGCAGCGAUGGCCAAGACCGUCCUCGCGCUCGCGCUCGGCUCGGCCGCGGCCUUCUCCCCGAAUGCCGCGCCCCGCGCGACCACAAUCGUAAGAAGCGACCCGAACAUCAAGACCGACGUCGGGUCCGGCUGGAAGCCCGAGUCCGGCGGCUUCAGCAGCACGGACACGCCGGACUUCUUCUACGACGACGACGACGAGAGAGGUGAUUGCUCCCGUGCGGAACUCAACCUUCAGCACGCCAUCGACGCGAUGGUGCCUUCGUAGCGUCUGCACGACGGCGUGGAGAUUCUACGCCAUCACCGCGACGUCCCCGUGACUGUGACGGCGUGGCGACGGCGUGGAGGCUCACGAAGGUGUGCUCGCACGAAUGCGAGAUGACCUGACUCUCACAGGUGACAUCAGCAACAAGAUCGGUUUUACCGACGGCAUCAUGGGCUCCACGGGCCUCGACAAGCUCAAGGAGCAGAACACGGGCGGCAACAACCCGGGCGUCGAGGGAGCUUUAGAUGUUGAUCCCGACGUGAUUGGGGGCUACACGUGCGCGACGGCCGAGGCCGCCGGCGUGAAAUUCGAGCUCACGACGCUGGCGAAGAUGGGCCGCUUCGACCAGGAGAUUUCGAUAGACAUGCCCGCUGCUUCCGAUAUUCCUCGUUUAGAAACGAUCACCGUGAAACCCGUGUGCAUGGGCUUCGAGGACUUCUACGCGGGCUGGUCGCCGGAGACGCCUCCCGGGUUUUCGGUCUCGCCCAUUCAAGGUAGGAUGGAAAGAAGGGGCGGCGAGCCGUCUUUAUUUGAUAUUGAGGUGAAGGCCGACGGGCAGACGGGCGAGAGGGUCGGCUACCUCUGCAUCGUGCUGCCCGACGACGACGAGCAGUUCACGAUCAAGGUGACGGUGAACUGCUUCUAGGUUUGAGUCUGCUGGGUAAGGGGUCUCCUAGA